AUGCUGCUAGCAACGUUGUUUAUCUUUUGUGCAUGUUGGCUUCAUGUUCGAGCAGAAAUAGUGUCAACGAAGUAUGGAGAUAUCGAAGGACUCGUGACUUUAUAUCCGAAUGCCUCUGGUCGUUUCAAAUCCGUCAGCAAAUUUCUUGGCGUUCCUUUCGCCGCUCCACCAACUGGAGAGCUAAGGUUUAAAGCACCACAACCGCCAAAAGAGUGGAAACCAAAGGUUUAUUCGGCUAAAACCCAUGGGAGCGUCUGCUUACAGUUCAAACUUUCCGAAAACUUAAUCAAGCUUUUUACUUCAAAUUUCACUUUCAGCGAGGAUUGCUUAUAUCUUGAUAUCUACAGCCCGAACAUCAGCCUCAGUUUGCCAGUGAUGGUCUACAUUCACGGUGGAGGUUACGUUUUAGGAACAGCGAUCACUUAUCCCAGCGAUAUCUUGGCUCUCCAGGGGGUGGUGGUGGUCAUUAUUCAGUAUCGUCUUGGUCCCUUUGGUUUCUUGACGACCGGUGAUUCAGCGGCGCCUGGUAACUAUGGGAUGUUGGAUCAAGUGGAAGCACUGAAGUGGGUCAAAGAAAACAUCGCAAAUUUUGGCGGGAAUCCCAGCAAAGUGACCAUAUUUGGAGUGAGCGCUGGAGGAUCCAGCGUGGGGCUCCAUCUUCUAUCGCCUCUAUCACGUGAUCUCUUUCAUCAGGCCAUUCCAGAGAGCGGUGUAGAUUUAAGUCCCUUUGCGAUUCAGCCAACGUCUUUUGGUCUCCGUUUCACAAAAGAGCUUGCACAAAAACUGAAUUGUGGAUCCAGUGACCAUUCUGCAAUGGUUUCUUGUAUGCGCAGCAAUCAGCUUUAGACAUGCAGAAGGCCUCCGAGUCAAUCAAAUUUAAUUUCAUUAAUUAUAUCUCCUGGGCACCAGUCGUAGAUAAAAACUUUCUUCACGAUACACCCCAAGUUUUGAGGAAAAAAGGAGAAUUCAAACAAGCGCCGCUUAUCAUCACCUUCACAAGUCACGAGGGCGCGAGUUUUCUCGGAGACAUGGCCAACAAUUCUUUUGGGCUGAUGGAGAACGUGGACAAUGGAGUCAGUCCGACUUUGUUCAAAUCAUUUCUAACCGAGUUUGCUCAAGCUCAAGACAGUAGGUAAGUUCCGUUAAGAUUUUACGAAUGUUUGCUCAGUAGUUUUAAUAGAUGUAGUGACACUUUUGGAACUUAUUAGUUGGUCUUCGUUUCACAAAAGAGCUUGCACAAAAACUAAAUUGUGGUUCCAGUGACCAUUAGGCAAUGGUUUCUUGUAUGCGCAGUAAAACAGUGUCAGACAUGCAAAAAGCCGCAGAGUCGAUCAAUUUUUUUUUCGUUAAUUAUGUUUACUGGGCACCAGUCGUAGAUAAAAACUUUCUUCAUGAUACACCCCAAGUUUUCAGGAAAAAAAGAGAAUUUAAGCAAGUGCCGCUUAUCAUCACCUUCACAAGUCACGAAGGGUCGGCUUUUCUUGGAGACAUGGUCAACAAUUCUUUAGGGCUGAUGCAGAGCGUGGACAAUGGAGUCAGUCCGACUUUGUUCAAAUCAUUUCUUAUUAAGUUUGCUCAAGUUCAAAACAGUAGGUAAGAUCAGUGAAGAUUAAAUAUUUGCUCAGUAGUUAUUAAAGUACGGCAGAACCCCGCUAACUCGAAGUAAAACUCCCUUCCCCUGAUCAAAAAAAGUCAGUGAAAUUUACCCCGAUAACUCGAAUUCUGGUUCUUUUAACUACACUCGGAUGUCAUCCCAUUAGCUCUUCUUGUUGUAAAGGGCCUGAAAUCACUAAAACUAACACUGGCCACUAUUAAAGGCAAUUUGAUUUAAAUUGGUGAAACGAACAGAUCAUGUUUUAUCAUAAAAGUGCCUAAUCAUGUUACCGUUUCUGAUGAAAUAAGUGCACCUUACACUGAAGUACUGAGAAAUCAGUAAAUAUCAAUUUCUAACAUGGCACAUUGAAUUUUUCAAUCGACCCCAAUAACUUGAAUCCUCGCUAAUUCUCUGAACUGGUUUUCGUUUCCCUUCUGAGUUCGAGUUACUGGGGUUCUACUGUAGAUGUAGCCACACUUUUGGAAUUUAUUGACUGGCUCAUAAACGUGGAUUCUCAGCACAAUAGCACCCAGCGUUUUAGACCUUUGCGUGGCUCCACAGGGACUUCGCUUCUACAUUAGGCUGCUGCAGGGCAAUUAAGCCUCUUGGAGCCCAUAGAUACACGUUUGAAGAAGGGGCGUUUUACCUUAAAGAUAGAGGUUUCGAUAGUUUUGCAGACAACGUGGACAAAACAAAAUCGACUGGCUCGUUAGCACUCUUUUUCUUGAGAUUUAAUUUUGAAUUGACUAUUUGAUUUCGGCUGAAAAAUAGUGGAGAUGUUGGGGUGGAGACGCGCGUCAUAAUCCGGGGGAGGGGACAAUAUUUGGGUAUAGAUGAGCCGCUGAGGGUUUAAAACCCUGGCCCCGUUUAGUACAACAAAAUUCUAAAAUACAUACCCUGUCAGGAGCCGACGUUUAGGACACAGGAAAAAAUGCACGCCGUCUUGUUUUUAAGCCAUUUAUUAGCAAUUGGAAUAGAGCAAAUUCACGUUAUAGUCAUUGCUUCUGUAUACUUGGAGGAGAAACAAAUUUCAUCCUGUUUACAAUUAGGAUAGGCCCGGAUGAAAUUACAUACCCUGUUUGGGACAGAGCGGUCAAAAACCACACCCUGUCCAGAGGCAAAUCCCCUUAUAGGUCAUAUAACCUAGUACCCCCGCUGGGUCAUAACAGGCCACCGACCAUGUUUCUCUCUUGUGUUACAUUAACAUUUAUUUGCAAGCAGUGUUUUACUUUCCCCUUCAAAAUAAAACCAGUGAGGCAUGUACCUCGAAUUGCUUCACUCUAAAUAUCGGUCCUUUUUUUAGGAAGAAGAUUGCUGAUCUUCUCGCCGAUGCCUUGGAGUUCAUGUACACCCCCUGGCCUGACAACAGUAACACAUACGCAUUAAGAAGUGGACUUGUUGAUGUAAUUGGAGAUAACCUUUUCGUUGCCCCCAGUCACAAGGUCGCUGAUGUUCACAGUCAGAUCGCUCCUGUUUACAUGUAUGAGUUUGCUCAUCGGGCAAAGCCAAGUUUGGCGUUACGUGCAGAGUGGAUGGGUGUUGUUCAUGCUGAAAACAUUCCCUUUGAUUUCGGAGUUCCUUUCCUUCCCAAAUUUUCGCCACGUUAUAGUCAGGCUGACAGAAAUGUCAGUCUAUUUAUCAUGACCAUGUACGCAAACUUUGCCCGGUCCGGCGAUCCUUCAGUCAACGGUGUCGCGUGGGAGAAAUACAACUCGAGUCACAGAGCUUACCUAAAAGUGGACACAAGUCCCAAACUGAAGACGUCAUUUAAUUCUCGCCGAAUGUCUUUUUGGAAUAAUUACUAUCCUAAAUUGGAGCAGGUGAAGUUCGAUGUCAAUAAAGAGGUGGUUAGCGGUGCAAAGGAUAUUGUUACCAUAGGAACUGCUCUUCAAGUUGUAUUUGCUUUAAUGUUAUACUUAAUUUACUAA